UUUUCCUGCCAGACUUUGAGGACACAUGAGGCUGACAACUUCCACUACCACUGCCGAAACCGACGCUGCUGCUUCUGGGCUGAAAGAGUGAGGAGAUGCGCGGCGUAACAUGGAUAUCCGAGAAGGGAUAAACGCCAGCGAAUGCCACAGGGGACGCACUCAGAAGAACGGUGAAAGUGCUGGAAAGGACAAAGCCAGGAUUCCACACACCUGUGAUUGGAUGUGAGCUUGUAUUGACCUGAGACCAUUAAAAUGGAGUUGCUAUGGAAACUUCUUCUGCUGCUGUCAUUGGUGGAGUGUCUAACAGGAAGCGGAGUCCUGCUGAAGCCUGUGUUCACCAAACAACCCGGCAGUGUGGUGUUUCCUCUUCAACCUGGCGAAAACCGCAGAGAGGUGGUGUUCAGCUGUGAGGCCCAAGGACACCCUUCACCUUCCUACAGAUGGAAGCUGAAUGACUCUUUCAUCGUGGCCAGACCUGGGUCACGGUACUCUCUCAUGGGAGGAAACUUACACAUCAGCAAUCUCAAUAAAGACGAAGAUGUUGGCAUCUACCAGUGCUUGGCAUCGAACUCCUUUGGCACCAUUGUGAGCAGAGAAGCCAGUCUGCACAUCGCAUACCUGGAGAACUUCAAAACCCAGAGGAGAAGUCCAGUGAGGGUACGUGAGGGUCAAGGAGUGGUCUUACUCUGUGGACCGCCGCCACACUCUGGAGAGCUUACUUUCACAUGGAUCUUCAAUAAUUACCCCUCGUUUGUCAUCCAAGACACAAGACGAUUUGUGUCUCAGAAGACAGGAAAUCUCUACAUCGCCAAAGUGGAGCCGUCUGAUGUGGGUAACUACACUUGUGUGGUGACCAACACAGUCACCAAAAGCAGCGUUCAAGGACCACCGACACCUCUAGUGCUGCGGGUGGACGGUGUGAUGGGCGAAUACGAGCCAAAGAUCGAAGUGCAGUUCCCCGAAGUCGUCCCCGUGGCGAAGAGUUCCACGGUGAAGCUGGAAUGUUUUGCACUUGGAAACCCAGUGCCAACCAUCAGCUGGAGGAGAGCGGAUGGAGCCUCUUUUGGCAGGAAGGUGGACAUAAAUAAAGCGAGCGGAGUCUUAGAGAUCCCUUACUUCCAGCAGGAGGAUGCAGGGAUGUACGAAUGUGUGGCUGAAAACAGCAGAGGCAGAAACUCGGUGAAAGGAAAACUGUCUUUCUACGCUCCACCUCAUUUGAUUGAGAAACCGCAGGAUGUUCAGAUGACCAUCGAUGAUACUCUGGGGUGGGAAUGCAAAGCCAGCGCCAAGCCGAAGCCGUCCUAUCGCUGGCUGAAGAACGGAGAGGCGCUGGAUCCUAUGGAGCAGGACAGAGUGCAGGCCAAUAACGGAGUGCUGACGAUCAGUAGCCUGAAUCUGGCUGACAUCGGCAUGUACCAGUGUGUGGCGGAGAACAAGCACGGCAGAAUAUUCACCAACGCCGAGCUCAGAGUCGUAGCCAUCGCUCCAGACUUCUCCCAGAACUUGUUGAAGGCCCAAACUUUGGCCCGACUGGGUGGCGACAUCCUGAUCGAAUGCAAGCCUAGGAUGUCUCCUCGGGGUGUUAUUUCUUGGAGGAAAGGAAAAGAAGCCCUGAGAGAGAGCCACAGAGUUACCGUGUUAGAAAGCGGAAGCCUUCGGAUCGGAAAUGUGUCCAAGAUGGAUGCUGGUCUCUACACGUGUGUCGCCAGAAACCAGUUUGGAGUAGCAAGUAGCGCUGGCAGCUUACUGGUUAAAGAGCCCACCAGUAUCACCAGUCCGGCCGGUCAUCUGGACGUCACAGUGGGUGAAAGCAUCGUGCUGCCGUGUCAGGUGUCUCACGACCCCACGCUCGACCUCAAGUUCACCUGGUUUUUUAAUGAGCAACUCAUCCACUUUGGAAGUCACGGGUCCUACUUUGAAAAAGUUGGUGGGCGCUCAGCUGGCGAUAUAAUGAUCAGAAACAUUCAACUGAGGCAUGCUGGGAAAUAUACUUGUGCCGUUCAGACCAAAGUGGACAGCGUUUCUAUCGCCACCGAUGUGGUAGUGAGAGGUCCCCCGGGGCCCCCUGUGGACUGCCAGGUGACUGAGAUGACCGAGACCACCGCCGCUGUGUCUUGGGGUCCGGGCCUGGACCACCACAGCCCCAUCCUGAGCUUCACCAUCCAGGCCCGGACGCCCUUCUCCCUGGGGUGGCAGGCUGUUACCACGGUUCCUGAGCUGCUCGGGGGGAAGCAGCUGUCAGCCACUGUCAUCGACUUGAGUCCCUGGGUGGAGUACGAGUUCAGAGUUCUGGCAACCAACAGCAUCGGGACGGGGGAGCCCAGUAAACCCUCCAAAAAGGCCCGCACCAAAGAAAUGCUUCCCAGACUGACUCCUGCCAGAGUGAACGGCGGUGGCGGAGGUCGUUCAGAGCUGGUCAUUACCUGGGAGCCUGUUCCUGAGGAGAUGCAGAGCGGUCCAGGCUUCGGAUACGUGGUGGCUUUCCGCCCACUUGGGGCGCCGGGCUGGAUGCAGGCGGCCGUCACAUCCCCGGACGCCUCCAGAUACGUCUUCAAGAAUGAGAGCAUCCCUCCGUUCUCCCCGUACCAAGUCAAAGUCGGGGUUUACAACAACAAGGGGGAGGGUCCCUUCAGCCCCGUGACCACCAUCUACUCAGCCGAAGAAGAGCCCAGCAGAGCUCCGGGGAGGCUGAAGGCGAGGAGUGUAUCGGCGUCCGAGGUGGAGGUCACCUGGAAGCCGCUGGCCUGGAGUAACAACCGCCGACGGAUCCUGGGCUACGAGUUGCGAUACUGGGGUGAGAAAGAGAAGCAGGACACAGCCAGAGUAAUCCGGACGGUAGGGAACAAAACCUCCGUCCUCAUCAGGGAUCUGGACGGCAGCAGUACGUACUACAUAUCCCUCAGGGCCUAUAACAGCGCCGGAGUGGGACCGCAGAGUAGCAUCGUCAAUGUCACGACCAAGAAACCACCACCAAGUCAAGCCAUAUCAAAAAUCAUGUGGAACACUUCCAACUCGAAGGUCAUCCUGAGGUGGGAUCAAGUCCACGCUCUGGAGAACGAGUCCGAAGUCACAGGAUAUAAGGUGAUGUACAGCCAGGACAAACACAGCCGUCCCAGCGUGGUGGAGACCAACACCACGUCCCUGGAGCUGUCUCUGCCGGUCAACGAGGACUACGUGAUCCAGAUCAAACCGUUCAGUGAAGGAGGAGAAGGAAGCAGCAGCCGCCAGAUCACCAUCCCCAAAACAGCAGUUUCCAUAGCGAUGGGAGCGGCUCCUCCUCCUCUGUCGUCGGCGGUAACCGUGGUCAACAUGGCAGUUUUAAUCCUCACAACCCGGACUGUGUUAUGACGACCGUCUGCAGAACCACAGCUGAUUAAGAGGAGGAACGGCAGGUAAAAAAGAUGACAGCGGGUACCUGCUCCUGUCCGUCCAAACCCCCGUGUGUCUUUUUUUUUUUCUUCUUCUUCUUUUUUCUUCUUCCCUUUUUCGAUCCCUUUGUGAAGGAGAAUCAUUUCCCAUUCCUUCUAAAAGGACACCACUCUUUCAGAAGUUGCUUUCACGGACCUGAACGGACGCCAACGCCGACUGACUGCGGUGGCUUUGAACACUCGUCCUCUGCUCCUUCGAAACUUUGGAUCUUCUCUUUCCGUUUGAACCCUGGAGGCGUGGUCAUGUGUGGUGCAUGAUGGGAUGUGUAUAUGUGUUCUCCAAAGGGGGCUCCAAACUGGAUACUGGAAGGUUUUUUUUUUUUUUUUUUCUGGCUUUUUCUUUUUUUAAUAAAUCAAUUUCCAGUGGAUGGAGAACGGACACGAGAAUCAAAGCACUUACAUUUCAGCUUCAAAUCCCAAACAGUCGAGGUAUUCCCCCCCCCCCCCGUUCGUUCUCUCCUGAGCUAAGCCUCAUCGCUUUAUGACAGACCAGACUUUUGGGAGGUUUCUACCUUGGCUUGGAUUUUCUUCAUGCUUUCACCACUUUAUACUGAAGCCUCAGAGUUGCCAUGAAAUCGACUGGUACCAAAAGGUGUUG